AUGGACGAUCCUAUUAACGCUAACCCAACUAUCAUCGAUGUCUCUGAGUUACCCACCAGACUCGAAAACGAGAACAAAAAGGGAACUGGUGAGCAGCUAGUUGCACAGAUUGUAUCACUCUCGUUGCUCCCAAAAUCUGCUAAGGUAUCAGCUAGUUCUACAUCCAGCCAAGUACCAGACUUGGUGUCCGAUUCAGGAUCUGAGGAUGACGAAGAAGAUGAAGAAGAGGACCCUGUCGACGCACAAGAGAUAUUUGAUCUUAUUUCUUCGAUAUCUGACCCAGAACAUCCAUUGACCUUGGCCCAGUUGGCUGUGGUGAACUUGGCUGAUAUAUACGUUCCAGACCAUCAGGCUGAUAAAAGCAAAAUCUGUGAAAUAGUGAUUAAAAUCACUCCUACCAUCACUCAUUGCUCCUUGGCGACACUCAUCGGACUUGGAAUAAGAGUAAGGUUGGAGAGAUGUCUCCCUCCAAGAUUCAGAAUCAAGAUCUUGAUUAAGGAAGGAACUCAUCAGUCAGAGAACCAGGUCAAUAAGCAGCUUAAUGACAAGGAAAGAGUAGCAGCAGCAUGUGAGAAUGAUCAGCUAUUGACAGUUAUACUGCAAAUGCUUAGCUCAUGCAAGUAG